GUCUGCUCGCUUCCGUAAACAAGGCUGAAAGCAAGGACAAGUCGGUAACGUCAUGAAUAACACCGAGAAAUGAGCCAUGGGACUACACACAGUGCUCUUUCGAGCACGGACGCUAACCAAAAUCAAAAUAAAUACGUCUCCAUUUUGUGUUUUGAGCAGCGAGACAUACAGAGUGAUUCAUGACAGGAAACAACGUCGCUUUACUGUGAGACUGGACAACGGAGGUAACGUGCAAAACGCGGUGCUGGAGUAUUCACAUGGGACUGACGGGCACGUGCGUUUGUUAUCAACAGAAGUACCUGAGUCUUUCAGAGGUAAAGGGGUAGCUGCGAGUCUGGCCAAGGCUGCACUGGACUUUGUGGUUGAAGAAAAACUAAAAGCAAGCAUAUCUUGUUGGUAUAUUAAGAAAUAUGUUGAAGAAAAUCCUCAACAUGGCUACCAGGUGCACAUUGAAGAGUAAUGUUAUAGGCAGCCAAAUGAUCUACAGUUCUUAUUAAAGAACUUUUCUAACAUUAA